AUGCCUUCCGAACGCCAGAAAGAUACCCGCGGGCACACGGUCCGCUUUGUUGAGUCUUCCACGGAGCAGUCCGACUCAAUUCAAGAUUGGAUUUCCGAUGUUGGUCUUGCAAUUUCGAGCUUGCCUCAUCCAGCUCCUUUAACUGGAAAAUCUUUUGAAUCUGAACUCGGAGAGCUGAUGACAAAGUACGAGGUACUCAAAACGAUGUUGGGCGAUAUUGAAGACAAGAUGGCUGUGCUUUUCUACCAGCGUCAACGAGAGAUUGACAGUUCUUCGUCCUCAUCAUCAUCGUCAUCUUCUUCCUCUUCUAAAGAUAAAACCUCUGAGGAACUUCAACCGGCUAGAUCUCGUGCUUGCGAGAGGAAAGAGAAGCGUAAUGUGCCUACUGAGUACAGCGACUACAAUUCCUACCACAGUGAGCACGAAGCCAAAAUCAAGACGACGACUCGUAAGGCGAAGAAACCAAAGACUGUGGAGGAACAGAAUAGACACAUCAACAAGGUUUUGAUGCGAGAGGCCAUGAGCCGUUGA